CGCGCAGCUCGUGAGACGCCGCGCCAGCCGGCACCAUGCGCCUGCGGCCGCUGCCCCUCGUCGUGGUCCCCGGCUUGCUGCAGCUGCUAUUUUGUGACAGUAAAAAGGUGGUGCAUGCCACAGAAGGGCUGGAUUGGGAAGACAAAGAUGCUGCCGGGACACUGGUGGGAAACGUGGUACACUCAAGGAUCAUCAAUCCUCUGCGUCUGUUUGUUAAACAGUCUCCAGUCCCCAAGCCCGGGCACUUGGCGUAUGCGGACAGCUUGGAGAACUUUUGGGAUUGGCUGGCCAAUAUCACGGAGGUUCAGGAGCCCUUGGCAAGAACUAAACGGAGGCCAAUAGUGAAAACGGGAAAAUUUAAGAAAAUGUUUGGAUGGGGCGACUUCCAUUCCAACAUUAAAACUGUUAAGCUCAACCUCCUUAUCACGGGGAAGAUCGUUGACCAUGGAAAUGGAACCUUCAGUGUUUAUUUCCGACAUAAUUCCACAGGCCUGGGCAAUGUUUCAGUGAGUUUGGUACCCCCCUCCAAAGUGGUGGAAUUUGAAGUUUCCCCACAGUCUACCUUGGAGACCAAGGAAUCCAAAUCUUUCAAUUGUCGCAUUGAGUAUGAAAAAACAGAUCGGGCGAAGAAGACUGCCCUGUGCAACUUCGACCCGUCCAAGAUCUGCUACCAGGAGCAGACUCAGAGCCACGUUUCCUGGUUGUGUUCCAAGCCCUUCAAGGUCAUUUGCAUCUACAUUGCCUUUUACAGUGUUGAUUAUAAACUUGUGCAAAAGGUCUGUCCUGACUACAAUUACCAUAGUGAGACUCCAUACUUAUCUUCUGGCUGAAUCUUUCUACAGCCAAUAGAAAGGAAGGACAAAUAUAUAUUCAAUUAGAAUGACCAAGAACCAAGCCCAGCUCUUCGUGGUAAAGGAUCCCUUUUGUUUCUGGCAGUGAACCUUCAUUCCCUAUAAGGUUUUCAAACUUAAAAGAAAAAGAAACAUCUUUAAAUGUGAAUUGUGUUUGUUUCGAUCAUAAGUACCUGAAUCUAAAGAGUAAAACUGUGUAUGAAGCCAUCGCUCUCACAUAGGAUGGCUAAGUCCUCCAGGUAUUGUUGUUUCUCUAAGAGCCGAUGGUAGCAACAUGUAACAGGAAAGAACCGAAUCAUGCAUGUGAUAAACAUUGCUCUUGAAGUGAGCCUGCCUUUGAAGUGUGUUUUGGAAGAUUACCUUAAAAAUAGCAGACGCAGUAAAGCAACUGAAAAGAUUGUAUUGGGUAGAUGAAUCGCAUUUCUGACACGGAAUUCUUUUUUUAUUGCUGUCUUUUCUCCCACAUCUGUGCUGUCACUGAUAUGAGAGAUGAAG